UUGAGACGGUUCCCUCCGCUCAGCCUUCUUGUCCACACGUGUUGGUGUUUUGGUGCCCGUGAUGGUCGGCGUUAAGAGGACGUGGACUCGCCGUUAAUUGACGGGGCAAGGAAUAACGCUGUGAGGAGGGAAAGACCAAGCAAGAGAAUAAGUUAAGCAUAGCAAGCCACAGGAAGUCCAGUGUAAAGGAGGAUGGAGGAGGAGCUUGAGGGCUGGGAGGCCACAGACGCCCCUCUGGAUGGCUAUGCCUCGGAGGGGGAGCUGGACACCCGUAAACUUAUUGCCAAGAAGAACAAGAAGAAAAAGGGUGGGGGCUUUCAGUCAAUGGGGCUUUGUGGUCCUGUACUGCAAGGCGUCUUGAAGAAAGGCUACAAGGUUCCCACGCCCAUUCAACGCAAGACAGUCCCCUUGAUCUUGGAGGGAAAGGAUGUGGUGGCCAUGGCAAGGACAGGGAGCGGCAAAACAGCUUGCUUCCUCAUCCCCAUGUUUGAGAGGCUGCAGACCCACUCGGCCAAGACAGGGGCCCGGGCGCUCAUCCUCUCCCCCACCAGGGAACUCGCUCUGCAGACACUGCGAUUCACCAAGGAGAUGGGGCGGUUCACAGGCCUGCGGGCAGCUGUGGUGCUGGGCGGGGACAGCCUUGAGGGGCAGUUUGCCGCGAUGCACGACAACCCGGACAUCAUUAUUGCCACACCAGGGAGGCUGAUGCACGUGUGUGUGGAAAUGAACCUCAAGCUGAGCAGCGUGGAGUAUGUGGUGUAUGAUGAGGCUGACCGGCUCUUUGAGAUGGGCUUCCAAGAGCAGCUCACUGAGAUCCAGAAACGUCUGCCGGAGACCCGCCAAACCCUCCUGUUCUCGGCCACACUCCCAAAGCUCUUGGUGGAGUUUGCCCGAGCCGGACUGACUGAUCCUGUGCUGAUAAGGUUAGACACAGAACACGUGCUCUCGGAAAACCUCAAGAUGGCAUUCUUUAAGUGUAACUCGGAGGACAAGCUUGCCCUCCUCUACCACCUCCUCCAGCACGUCAUCAGCGACAAGGAGCAAACUGUCAUCUUCGCCGCCACCAAGCACCAUGUCGAGUACCUCCAUCUGGCGCUGGACUUGGCUAGCAUCCCCAACACCUACUGCUACUCUUCACUGGACCCUGCGGCCAGGAAAAUCAACAUCGCCAAGUUUCAGACCAAAAAGGUGCGUUGUUUGCUGGUGACAGACGUAGCGGCACGAGGCAUUGACAUUCCUCUCUUGGACAAUGUCAUCAACUUCAACUUUCCUGCCAAGCCUAAGCUCUUCGUGCACAGAGUAGGCAGAGUGGCCCGGGCUGGCAGGACGGGUGUGGCUUACUCUUUUAUAGCCCCUGAUGAGGCUUCCUACCUCAUGGACCUCCACUUGUUCCUCUCCAAGGAGCUGAGAAUUGCUCCUCACCCACCUGAUCUGAGCAAGAGGGAGGACUGGAACUACAUGUACGGCAGCGUGCCUCAGACGGUCCUGGACAACGAGCUCGAGCAGAUCAUCUACCUCCACCAGACCUCCGUGGAGCUGAGUAACAUGAAGGUUGGUAUCGCUGGCGCCUACAAGCAGUACGUGAGGUGCCGUCCAUCAUCGAGCAGUGAGAGCGUGAAGCGCAUGAAGGAGAACGAGCGGCUGUGUGUGAUUGGCUACCAUCCCUUGCUGGUGGAGGGUGCACCAGACCAGGAGGAGCAGCGCCUGGCCUUGCUGCAUUCCCUCAGGAACCUCCAGCCUAAAGGGACUGUAUUUGAAAUGAUAAAGAACCGCAAGGAGUCAAGCGUCAGGUCCAUAACAAGCAUGAAGGAAAAACGUGACUUUGAUGGCAGGAGAAUCGACACUUUCCACAAGAACCUGAAGAUGCAGCUGGCAGCCAGGGAGGAGAAGGAGGCCAAGGCUAAGCAGGCACAGGAGCAAGUGGAGAGACUAGAACAGAGCACCGAGGAUGAAGUACAGAGGACCUUCUUAUCCAUCGUGGGGCCGAAGGGAACGAGGAAACAAGGAAAUGAUAUUAAACCUGACGCUGCCAACGGUGUCACUCCAAAGGGCAAGAAGAGGAAGGCUGCCGAGGAGAGUGAGAACCAGAUUCCCGGCAAGGCGAGGAAGACCAAGGAGAUGCAGGACUUCAAGGACAAGGACUUCUACAUCCCCUACACCAAGGAUAAUGUGUUUGCUGAGGAUGGGUACUCGCUGGGCAGCAGCUUCCAGAAGGAGGCGGAGAUGUCCCAGAUGGAUCUGGUCCAGGACGACGAGUCGCUGCAGCGGAAGACCACAGCACUGCACAAGUGGGACCGACAGAAGAAGAGAUUUGUCGGCACACAGGUUCAGCAGAAGAGGAUCAAGACAGAAUCGGGUGUGUGGAUUGCUGCCUCCUACAAGACCAACCGAUACCAGAAGUGGGUGGAGAAGGGGAAGAGGAAGCUGGUGGAGGACGACAACAGUGAUGACGAGGGAGGGGGAGGAGGAGGCGGUAACCAAGGGAAAGGAGCCAAGAAUAAAGGAAAGAACUUCACAGCUGUGCGGCCGAGAUCUUACAACAAGGCCCAUCCGCUGCUAAGGGACAAGAAGGGGCCCAAACGAGGCUACAAGAGGGAACUGAGGACACAGGACGAGAUUGUGAAGGAGACCAAGAGGAUAGAGACUGAACGGCAGAAGCACAUUGAGGGAAGGGUGAAGAACAUGAUGAAGAGGAAGAAGAAGACACAAGGUGGUGGGGGAGGAGGAGGAGGAGAAGGUGGUGGUGGUGGUGGUGGUGGUUUUAGUGGUAAGAAGCAUGGCAACAAAGGGCCUGGAGGGGGGAAGGGCAGGAAUCAGAUGCCGGCGAUGAGAGGGAAAGGGAAAGGGAGGGGAGGAGGCAAGGGGGGUAUGAAGUGGUAGUCCUGCACUGGUAGGUUGAGCAUGUGUACCAUUUAGCCAGUUAGUUAGUUACCCUGUUUGUUUUUCUCUCUUUUUUUUGUUGUUAUAUUAUGAGGAAGAAUGAGUGUGCUUGUUAGUGUGUUUGAAAGAGUAAAGUUUGUAAUGGU